AUGCACACUCGACUGGUUGGCAAAGGCCUCCGUAUAUUAGCGUUCCCCUGCAACCAAUUCGGCGGACAGGAACCCUGGGCGGAAUCGGAGAUUAAGAAGUUCGUGACUGAGAAGUAUGGAGUCCAAUUCGAUAUGUUUUCCAAGAUAAAAGUCAAUGGGUCUGACGCUGAUGACCUCUACAAAUUUCUUAAAAGUAGACUACAUGGCACCCUAACAAAUGAUAUUAAGUGGAACUUCUCUAAAUUCCUUAUAGAUCGUCAAGGUCAACCGGUUAAAAGAUAUUCUCCUACAACUGCCCCAAAUGUGAGUUGCUGAAUUUUCAAUAUUUCUAUUUAGUUAUCAGUUUUGACUGUCUAAAUAGAUAGACGUAACUUAAGAUAAAUUGAUGAAAUCAGCAAUCCACCCCAAACACUUCGAUUUUUUCUUAAUUGUCUAAGUAUUUUGUUGUGUUAUUUCUUAGCUUCCUCCCAACUAAUGACGUGCAGACGUAAAACGUGGCUCAUAAACAAAUCACUUAAGGUCACCAUAUAAUGUGCGUCACGAGAAAUUUGUGU